ACAAUCAUCUUGAGGGCAUGCCGUAGACGAAAGAAAAAUCUCUCGCCUGCAGUCCAGCUUGGACCGUGGCGGGCGGCUGGAGAAGCAGCAGCAUAUCCUCGCGACCGCAAGAGACACGGCCUACAACAAAGGGAGCCGCCCGCCGGCCGAGCCGGCAAGGCGGGCGAGCGGACAGGCCUAAGCGAAGCGGGCGCAGCUGCCGGUGGUGGGUGGUGGCCGUAGCAAAUAAACUAUCUGUCGCCUCGCCACGCUUCGUCAACACCGGGACCGCCCCCACCACCCCCGCCCCGAGCGCCAAUUCUACCGCCGCUCCCGGCCAAGCUUCCGGUCCACGAAUCAACGGCGCCUCCGCGUCGUCUCCUCCCCGGAGGUAAUCUUGCGCCGAUUCGCGCGCUCCGCGACCGGUGGCUCCGCCGGGUCCCGUGUUCUUGCUGGGCGGGGGGUCAGGUCAACCUGGCCUCUGCUUGAUUGGAUUCGAGCGGUCGGCGCCUCCACCUCGGGAUCUUUCCUGCCGGUUUCGUCGGCCGCUGGUCAACUCGGCCGGUUGGUCUCCGGGGGCCUGGCUCUUCACUUUCGUGCAGCCACCGUCGCUUUAGUUCGGUAUAAUAGAGCCGCAACCGCAACCUCUCUUUUACUUGUUGGAUUGGAUCCACCGGUGUCUGUCUCCUGCCAGGUCACGGCCUAAUUCGGGGAAUUUGGUUUGGUACAUCUCUCGAGUCAAAUCCUGCCCAAGAUUUUAGCUAUCUCCGGUCAAAAAGCUUUACCGAUUCUUGGAUUGGUUUUCUUGGGGGCAAGAAGCCGGUUCUUGUUUCGUCUCUGGUGCUCCAGCAUGUUCUGUAGCACACAGCUGAGGCGAUGGCGUCGAGCACCAGCGCGAUGCCCGAGGCGAAGGAGAAGCUGAAGAGGUCCGGCAGCUUGGGAAGCAACGAUACGUAUGUGCGUGCAGACAAGAUUGAUCUUACGAGCCUCGACAUCCAGCUGGAGAAGCAGCUCACCAAGACCUGGGGCAAAGCCAAUCUCAAAUCCCAGGGGCCAAAGGAGGAGUGGGAGAUCGACCUUGCGAAGCUGGAGAUCCGCUAUGUGAUUGCUCAGGGGACGUAUGGCACAGUUUACCGGGGCACCUAUGAUGGACAGGACGUCGCAGUGAAGCUUUUGGACUGGGGAGAAGAUGGUUUUGCCACGGAAGCUGAAACUGCUGCUUUACGAACAUCAUUCAAGACGGAGGUUGCUGUUUGGCAUAAGCUCAGCCACCCUAAUGUUACAAAGUUUGUGGGUGCAUCUAUGGGGACCACAGACCUUAAGAUUCCAGCAAACAAUUCCAAUGGUGGUGCACGUACAAAUUUUCCUGCAAGAGCAUGUUGUGUCGUGGUAGAGUAUCUCGCUGGAGGAACUUUGAAGCAAUAUUUGAUAAAGAACAGCCGACGGAAGCUUGCUUACAAAGUCGUGGUUCAGCUUGCAUUGGAUUUGGCUAGAGGAUUGAGCUAUCUGCACUCCAGAAAGAUUGUACAUCGGGAUGUGAAAAGCGAAAACAUGCUACUUACUCCACAAAGAAACCUUAAGAUUGCUGAUUUUGGUGUUGCUCGUGUUGAGGCUCAGAAUCCAAAGGACAUGACUGGUGCAACAGGCACACUUGGUUAUAUGGCUCCAGAGGUUCUUGAUGGUAAGCCAUACAACAGGAAGUGUGAUGUUUACAGUUUUGGCAUUUGUUUAUGGGAAAUCUAUUGUUGUGACAUGCCUUACCCAGACCUAAGUUUUGCUGAUGUCUCAUCUGCCGUUGUUCACCAGAAUUUGCGCCCAGACAUUCCUCGCUGCUGCCCAAGUGCAUUUGCGAAUGUUAUGCGGAAAUGCUGGGAUGCAAACCCUGAUAAACGCCCUGAUAUGGAUGAAGUGGUGCAGCUUUUAGAGGCUCUGGACACGAGCAAAGGCGGUGGCAUGAUACCAGAUGGCCAGUCAUCAGGAUGCUUAUGCUUCACAAAGGCUCGGGGUCCAUAGAUUCUUUUCACGGUAUUCUCUUCCCUCGGCAACAUUUUCCUCAUGUAAAUGACUAGGCCAGGGCAUGCUUCUCAUUGCGCGACCUGUGCAGUCGGCGCUUACAGUUCUCCCUACUUGCCACCAUUGUGUGUCAACAGUAGCUCUCAUACGAUUUUUGCUGUCCACUGUCGACAAUCUUUUUUAUACCACUAUGGUGCUGUAAUUGUGAUUCUAAAGAGAUUUGGUAUACGAGUUACACUCUUGAAACUGCUACCUCUCCUAUGCCCAUUUUGGUGCCAUUGAUCAGUAUAAAUCUUUACCCUGUGAUUAUUAUUUCCA